AGUAGCAACCUUUCUCCGAAACAGAGUAACAGGAAAUUCCAAGAGGAAAAAAAAGAGUCUCUCCACCCACGUCUCGACGUCGCAAGCCCCUCCCCACCAUCAUCAUCACCACCACGCGAUACCGAACCUCUGAUAGGUGCUCUGGGGACUGACAGACUGCGAGGCACGAUGGCAUCGGCAGACGUUGGCUCUCCGCGCCUCGAGCGCCGCGAACGCGAUGGCGAUCUGGAAGGCGACCGCGACGCCGGCGACCGUCCUCACCACCGCGACAGCGAGCGCCCCCGCAACCGAGACAGCGACAGAGACAGAGACCGCAAUCGCGAUCGCGAUCGUGAUCGCACCGACAGCUACCGGCCGGCCCGCAAGGAACAACGCCGCCCGACGCCGCCCGUUAAGACGGAGGAGGAGAAGCAGGCCAUCGCAAAGGCCGAGUACGAGAAGCUGCUGUCCAUGCGGUCCGGAGGCACAUACAUCCCGCCCGCCCGGCUGAGGGCGCUGCAGUCCCAGAUCACCGACAAGAGCUCCAAGGAGUAUCAGAGGCUGAUGUGGGAGGCCCUGAAGAAGAGCAUCAACGGUCUGAUCAACAAGGUCAACUACUCCAACAUCAAGCACAUCGUCCCCGAGCUGUUUGGCGAGAACCUGAUCAAGGGCCGCGGCCUGUUCUGUCGCUCCAUCAUGAAGGCACAGGCCGCCUCUCUGCCCUUCACCCCCGUCUUCGCCGCCAUGGCCGCUAUCGUCAACACGAAACUGCCUGCCGUCGGCGAGCUCCUCGUCAAGCGCCUCAUCAUUUCCUUCCGCAAGGGCUUCAAGCGCAGCGACAAGGCCGUCUGCGUCUCGUCCACCACCUUCCUGGCCCAUCUCAUCAAUCACCAGGUCGCACACGAACGCCUUGCCGGCCAGAUGCUCCUUCUCCUCCUCCACAAGCCGACCGACGAUAGCGUCGAGAUUGCUGUCAACUUCAUGCGCGAGGUUGGCCAGCAUCUGCAGGACAUGCAGCCCGCUAUCGCCUUGGCCGUCUGGGACCAGCUGAGGAACGUGCUGCACGAGGCCGACAUCGACAAGCGCGUGCAGUACAUGAUUGAGGUCCUCUUCCAGGUCCGGAAGGACAGCUUCAAGGACAACCCACCCAUCAAGGAGGAGCUGGACUUGGUGGAAGAGGAGGACCAAAUCACACACAUGGUCGACCUCGACGGAGAUAUCGACGUGCAGGACAGCCUCAACAUCUUCAAGUACGACCCGCAAUGGGAGGAGCAUGAGGAGGCAUACAAGAAGCUGAAGGCCGAAAUCCUAGGAGAGGGCAGCGACUACGACGACGAUGACGAAGACGACGACGACGAGAGCGACGAAGAGGAGGAGAAUGAGGAGGAGAAGGCGAUGGAGAUCAAGGACCAGUCCAACACUGAUCUGGUCAACCUGCGACGCACCAUCUACUUGACAGUCAUGUCGUCCAUCGACCCCGAGGAAGCCGUACACAAGCUCCUGCGAGUCAACCUCCCUGCCGGCCAGGAACCAGAACUUCCGUCGAUGAUCGUCGAGAUCUGCUCUCAGGAGAAGACCUUUUCCAAGUUCCACGGCCUGAUUGGCGAGCGCUUCGCCAAGUUGAACCGGCUGUGGACCGGCCUCUUUGAGGAGUCGUUCGCCGACUACUACAGCAAGAUCCAUCGCUACGAGACGAACAGGCUUCGCAACAUUGCGCGCUUCUUCGCGCACCUGCUCGCGAGCGACGCCAUCGGCUGGCAUGUUCUGUCCGUCAUCCACCUGAACGAAGACGAGACGACCAGCAGUUCCAGAAUCUUCAUCAAGAUCCUCUUCCAGGACAUUGCCGAGGAGCUCGGCAUGGCAAAGCUCCAGGCCCGGAUGAAGGACGACAUCCUGCAGCCGAGCUUCGAGGGCCUGUUCCCUCGCGACAACGCGCGAAACAUCCGGUUCUCCAUCAACUACUUCACCAGCAUCGGCAUGGGCGCUCUCACGGAGGCUUCCAGAGAGUACCUCCAGAACAUGCCCAAGCCGGCUCUGCCCGCGCCGCCAGCUGCCGAUUCCGACUCGGACUCGGUGUCCAGCUACUCCUCCUACACUGGCUCGUCGUACUCUCGCUCGCGGUCAAGAUCGCGCACGCCCCGCCGUGCCAUCGACCGCAAACAUUCCGAGUCCAGAUCGCCUUCUCCCCGCGGGAGAGGACGCUCCUACAGCCGAGGCCGCAGCUCUACCCGAUCGCGAUCCUACAGCCGCUCGGUCACACCUCCUAAAAGGGGGGUCCGCCGCAACGACUCCUACUCUGCCAGCACGCCGAGAAGGCGCGGUCGCUCAGUCAGCUAUUCCAGGUCUCCCUCUCCGGCCCGAAAUGGCCCGAGGGAUCGCAGCCUUAGCGUGACGCCGCCGCCGCCUCGAAGGGCCGCCCGGAGAAGCAGCCCGUCCAUCAGCAGGUCUCCGUCCCUGCGAAGAGGGCGUUCCGCCUCCUACUCGGCCAGCCCCCCACCCGCCCGAGGCUCGGCCCGCGGUCGCAGCCCCAGACCAGACCCUCGCCGCGCAGCCCGGCGGAACAGUUCGUCAGUGAGCAGCGCGCCGCGGAAAGGCGCCCGCUACGACAGUCGCUCGCCGAGCCGUGCGUCGUCAUACGACUCGCGGUCUCGCUCGCCCGUCGACCGCCGCGGGCCUAGAGACAGAAGCCGCUCGCCUCCGCCGCGGUCCCGCGCCGCCCCCAGCGUCUCACCGUCGCCGUCGCCGCCGCCGCCGAGGGCAAGGGGUGCCCGCCGCGACGACUCGGUGUCGAGGUCGCCGAGCCCUCCUCCCGCGAGGAAGCCGCUCAAGAGGGGCUCGCCCGACGACCGGGGCAGAGACUCGAGGAGUCCCGCCGGCGUGAAGAGGAGGAGGCACAGCGACUCUGUAUCCCGUUCGCGGAGCCCGCCGCCGUCCAAGAAGGGGCGGAGGUGAAGGAAGGGCAAUGGUAGGAGGAGGGAGGAGGGGGAGCAAGGCUGGAAGUGUGUAUAAUGGGUUCGAACUCGGCACCAACGCCCGCCUUGUUCAUGAGACAUAAUGAAUGGGGCUGGCCGGUGUUCAGAUUGAUAUAUGUAUAGCUAGGUACUGACAGACGCGGAACCGGAGACGGUGCAAAAUUCCAAAGUCACCCGCUUGGAGCGGAGACGGCUUUCCUUUCAAUCUUUUAAUAUAUAAGAUCCCUAUGCCCCUUCCUUUUUUUUACACCCUUUAGAUGUGACGUCCAUAUGGGUCGAGGUUCCCAAAUACUUUUCCCCAAUUGAGUUGAGGACUCUAAUAGUUUAUUGGUUUUUGCAUGCAGAAGGAAGUCUCUUUCCUUGGAUCGUCUGCCCCCUCCCCUCCCCCCCGUUAGUCACUUAACAAAUGUACACCCCCCUUGGCUUUCUAGAGCAAAUUUCAUUCUUGGUCGUACAGGCCAGCAGCGCCUCGUCAACUAUCAUCGGUCUUCCCCUCUUCUCC